AUGUCUCUAAAAGUAGCUGUAGUGACCGGCUCCAAUAAGGGCAUCGGCUAUGCCAUUGUUAAAGGUCUGUGCAAGAGAUUCGAUGGCCUUGUAUAUUUGACAUCUCGUGAUGUUGCCAGAGGGGAAACCGCCGUAGCUGAUUUGAAGAAAGAAGGUCUCCAAGCUGCUUAUCACCAACUAGACGUCGCUGAUAAGAAUAGUGUCAUCAAAUUUAGUGAGCACCUCAAAAAUACACAUGGAGGUAUCGAUAUUUUAAUAAAUAACGCUGCAGUAGCCAAUAGUGUACAACUUUAUAACGACUAUGAUGAAAGCAAAUCGAUAAUUGACAUCAACUAUUAUAGUCACUUAACGAUACAAGAAUAUUUCUUCCCUUUAAUAAGAAACAAUGGAAGAGUGCUCAACAUUUCUAGUGAUUGUGGACAUUUGUCUAAUGUGAGAAAUAAAAAUUGGAUAGAUAGAUUAUCGAAGAAAGACUUGACACUGAACGAUAUCAAUGAUUUUGUGAAUUGGUAUCUGGAAUCUGUGAAGAAGGAGACAUUUAACAAAGAUGACAUUGCAGAUGGAGGUACUGUUGCUGCUUAUAGAGUUUCCAAAGUAGCUGUCAGCGCUCUAACGUUACUGCAACAGAAAGCGUUAGCAUCCAGGAACAUAUCUGUAAAUUCAAUGCACCCUGGCUUAGUACGUACAGAUAUGACUGUUGGAGUGGGAUUCUAUAGCACUGAUCAAGCCGCUGAAACUCCACUGUAUUUAGUGCUGGAUGCUCCACAAGAUUUGAAGGGCGCUUAUGUUUGGUACGAUAGGAAAGUUCUUGAUUGGUAUGAUUAUAAUGCCGAUUACUACUUUAAAAGUAAAACACUGCAGAUGAAAUAUUAAUUUCUUCUCAAAACUUGAAUUCAGAAUAUUA